AUGGACUCUGGCGUACCUAACAUAUGGAUAUUAACGGAUAGCAAGAGUUCAAUUCAAUAUUUGAAGAAAUGGCCAAGUAUCUUGGAAAAUUUGGGACAGGAAAUCGUUAUCAAAUUGACUACUUUCUCUAAGAUCGGCUCGGUGCACUUGCAGUGGAUCCCCACCCAAGUGGGUAUUUAUCGGAAUGAGAUUGCUGAUCGGCUUGCCAAGGAAGGGAGUGAACUUGCUACUCCCCCUUCCUCUAAACUACUAGUGACUGAGGUUCACUCACUGAAGUUAGCUAGGGUAAAUUCAGCGUGGAUGCACCCACCAGAUCAUGAUUGGUAUGCCGCCAAAUGCCCCAGAUUAUCCCUGCAAAACACUUGUCCUAGAUUAGCUCAAACAGCUUUGUCAAGACUUAGGACCUGCCAUAUUAAGUGUUUGACCUUCAGAGCGAAAGAAAAGACUUAUGUCUAUUGUCAUUGCUCGCCCAUCGCUUCUCCAUCUCAUCUUUUGGAUUGA